CGCACCGCACCAAUACUGGUAAUUAAGCGAUUCAUUCAUUUUGUGAACAGUUGGAAGAAGCUUAUUGAAGAAUGGCUCCGUUUUUCGUCGCCAUUUUCCUGCUCGGCUUUUCAUCGCUGGCCAUGGCCACCGCCUCAAUCUUCAAUCAAGUCUUUGAGUGGAAUGAAUUGGACUUCGAGUGGCCGUCGGAGGAAAGCAGGACGCAGGCCGUGAAAGACGGAACUUUCAGACUAGGGACUAUUGAACCUCGUUUCAUGGCUGUCUACGGAUCAAGGAUCUUCCUCAGCCUUGAGAAAUUUCCAGGCAUUCCGGUGAGUCUGGUGUCUUUGCCGACGAGCAGCGCGUCCUCUGCACCCCCAAAGCUCACUCCAUUCCCUUCGUGGGACAUGCAUCUUAAUGGAUCAGGAAACUGCAACAAGUUCCACAUGGCACAAGGCCUUCAAGUGGACUCCAUCGGCAGGCUGUGGGUUCUCGACGAGUGCAGUAUCAAUUGCACUGCCAAACUGUGGAUUUUCGACUUGAGCAACAACAAAACCGAACUGCUUCAUCGCUUACCUUUUCGAGCCAACAGGAUGCACGAUUUUGUGCUCGACGAAACGCCCAAUGAAACCUUGGCCUACAUCACGUUUUGGGGUGACGAUUACAUUCUCGUGUUUAGUUUAGAAAGAAAAGACUCUCGGAUAGUGGACACGCCAGGAAUCGACGUUUUCUCCGUCGCCCUUUCCCCUAAGGAUCAGGAACCGAGGCAGCAGCUCUACCUUGGCAAAGACAACUCCAAUAAACUGUAUGCAAUUUACGUUUCCGCUCUCAGGAACGGAACUCGAACUGCAGAACCAAAGCUAAUCGGAACCUGGGAUGCAGUUCAAUCGUACAGAAUGCUGAUUGACAACCACGGGAUUAUGUACGCCGCAUUUUUGGACAAUAAUUCUAUAUACUCUUGGAACACUUCUCAGCCAUUUCGGGAUCAUCGUUUUCAUCAGGUCACUGGUUUGGAACAUGCUUUGCCGUUUACUUUUGCCCUGGACCAAAACGGAACCCUCUGGAUGACGGUGUUUGAUAACAAAAGAGAACCCAGAUGCAGACUUUUGAAAGCUGCAGUCGGCACAAAAUCAAUCGAGGACUCGCCAGGAUCCUCCUGUUCGUGCAACAAGCGUCAGACUGCCUAAGGUUUGAAGAGUGCCUUUGCAAAGGUUGGAUGGAAGGGCGAAAACUGCGAACCAACCUGGGAGUGCACCUGCGCCUGCCCAACUUUUAUACAAAGCUCUGUGACCUAAAAAUAAUUUAGACUCGAGUAGUAGUUGGAUAUUAAAUGUUUUCAGGGAAAUUGA